AUGUCCCCCAUUCCUCGGCAUGCUGUUAAAUUCACCCAGAGAAUCCGCAACUCUAUCCUGCGUAAUCGUACCCUAACCCUCAUCGAAACCGCUACGGAAAAGCCGGACCUAGCGCAUUUCACUAUCGCCACCCUCAAAAACCCGUCGCACACGAGUCAUACCGACCUCAAGGCGCACGCCACAGCAUUAUUAGCAACCGAGGAACAAUACAAGAACAAGAAAGUCCAGCCAGUUCAUAUUUACCAUGACGAAGAGGGGCGCUAUACUGGCCAUGUUCUAUAUGCUGAAAGAGAUAUAAAACCGUCAGAUGAAUAA